AUGGGGAGACCAGGAUCUGAAGUCGUACAGACUGAACUCAAACCACCCACCUCAAAAAGCCUGCACGAGAAACAUUUUGGGCUUACGUCGCCAUGGGAACACUAUUACAAUCCUCCCGACAGUGGCCCUCAGGGUCGAUUCGAAUGCGAGCUGGACGAGAUGGUUGUCUUCGGCGAGAUCCCAAAGGAGAUCAGCGGAACCUGGUAUCGGAUCAUCGUCGACCCUCACUUUUGCCCCCAGGUCGGAAUUCCGUUUGUUGACGGGGAUGGACAUGUCUGCGCAUUCCGCAUUCAGGAUGGCAAGAUUUCUAUGAAGAUUAAAUACGUGCAUACGGAGAGGUGGCUUCUCGAGCGCAAAGCUGGUCAUCGGCUUUUUGGUCGCUACCGGAAUCCUUUUGACAAUCACCCGUGCGUGCAGCUUGCGAAUGACAGCACCGGAAAUACCAAUAUCAUUUACUGGGCGGGUCACGUCCUGGCACUGGCUGAGAGGGGGUUACCGUAUGCCCUCGAUCCUGACACUCUGGAGACAAGGGGCCCCGAUCCAUUUCAGGGCCAGGUGGCGGCGAAGACCUUCUGUGCCCAUCCGAAAGUCGACCCCCACAAGAAUGAGCUGGUUGCUUGGAGCUACGCAGCGAAGGGCCUCAGCACUCGGGACGUCUGUACAUACGCCAUUGAUCCCACUGGGCGCAUCUCCAAUGAACAUUGGUUCAAGCAGGAUAAGCCUGGCUGGCCCCAUGAUGGCUGGAUCACCGACAAUUGGAUCAUUCUUUCCAACAUGCCAUUCGGCGUCAACAGCGAUGAGGUAAUGAAGGACGGGGGAGAUUACUGGAGAUUCAUUCCAGAUCAACCCUCGGAAUUCCUGGUCACUCCGCGCUAUGCAAACAGCCCGAGCCAUCCAGACUGGAAACCGGGCGAGAUGCGCAAGUAUACCGCCCCGCAUGGUCUGAUCAUCCACACCGGCAACGCAUGGGAAGAGGAGGAUGGAGUCUUAAAGCUCGAAAGUCACUGGUGCAGCUUCAAUGUCUUUCACUUUUUCAAUCCGAAAGACUACGAGAGCCCCAAAGGGAAGCCCUGCGGUGACUGGCUACGCUGGACCAUCGACCUUUCCAAGCCCGAUGGAACAGCUCUGCCGCCAUCCGAGAUGCUGUUGGAGGGCAUUUUCGACUUCCCCAUUUUCGAUGAGCGCAUGACCGGCCGUAAUUCCAGGAUUGUGUAUUUGGGCGGCAUGAUGGCUCCGGAGGGGCAUCCACGACCCCAGUUCAACGCGGUCAUCAAGUUGAAUACGGAGACUGGCGAGAAAUGGACCUUCCAUGCAUCUGAGGACGGCGGUGUCGCGGAGCCAGCCUACAUUCCUCGGGGUCCGGGUUGUGAGGAAGGCGAUGGCUGGCUCAUCUUCUAUACUGAGAGGGACUCGUCGCCCAAGGGGGAACUGAUUAUCCUCGACACCAGCGACUUUUCAAAGCCGGUAGCCAUUGCGCAGAUGCCUUUCCGGACAAGAAAUCAAGUGCACGGAAAUUGGGUGCCAAAUCCUCAUCCGGACACGCCCCUGCCAAUGUUGACGGGCAAUCCUGUUCAAGAUGUCGAGCCCACUCCGGCGUACUCCCAGUUGAACAGGCUCCCGUGA